GAUGAAUGAGGUGAACGAACAAAAUCGUGAACGAAAACGAAUUGACAGAUCUUGCCAAACGGUCAUAGACAAUUUAGUUUAGUACUCCUACUUAUAUUUAUAUUGUCUAUUAAUGUAAUCAGCUGUCAAACGUCAAAUCAAUUGAGCUGUUGUCAAUAAAUUAUUAAAUUGUUGCCGUUCGGGUGUUAUCAAUAAGUGUGUAAAUAAAUCGUUGUAUCGUAUAAAUUUAAAGUAUCCUUUAAUUAUUUGUGAUUCAGACAUAAACGUGUGGAAUGUUACUAUGCGUCUUGUCCGUGCAAUUGAUCGUGAAUCAAGAAAAAGUCGUUUAUUUAAUUAGUACCAAUGAUACUCCUACAUUCCAAAAACGGAAGUAUUUAUUAAAUAAUGAGUCAGCAUAAGUUCUGGAGAGGAUUAACGCCGUUGAAAGUGUCACCAUCCUGUCAGCAGCAAGUACCUGAUAAAAUCGUCAAGCUCUGCUCAUUAAAAUCUGACUUCAUUGUGUUGGGGAACGACCAUGGUGUCUAUCAUUGCGAGAUCACAGACGACUGUGUAUCGUUGAAGAAGAUCAGUGGCGUCUCAGCCAUAGACAUAUCAUAUCAUAAUGAUAUCCUCUUCAUCAUUGACAUACAUGGUCGGCUCUACAAAACUAAUUCUAGUUUUAAAAACAAAGAAGAAAUUGUAGUGAAAGAGGACUCCAAAUGCUGUCCGCACGGCUUCAAAAGCACUAGUUUUAAAGUUAAGUUCAGGAAUGUGGUCUCCAGUGACUUUGGUCAAUUGUUUAUUAGCAGUGAUGGACAGCUUUGGGGAUCUGGUAACAUGCCCCAAAUAUCAUUAGAAUCAAAUAGUAUCAAAAAGAUACCAUUCUUUGAAGGUAGGACAGUGUACAGUGCGUCAGUCGGUCAGAACUUUGCAGCAGUUAUAGCUAGGAAAAAUGUGAAGCAAUCUGACAAUUGUGAUACAGACAGUGAUAAUGAUGACGAAGAAGUGUUCGCUUCCAACUGUUCACAAUGUCAAACAAUAAUAGGCCUAGCGUCGCCUGCAUCAGUACCGUCCUUGUCCGAAACUUGCCCUUUAGGUGUUCAAAUUAGUAAGUCAAGUGAAGAUUCCAGUAGCACCACAGCCCCACAAACUGACGUCCAUAUAGAUCCGCAUAGUUUUACAGAAGAUUCUAGUCCCUCAUCUGAGGAAUCUAAGAUUGCACGAACGAAUGCUCAAAAAGUUAGUUUAGAUAUGGAACUUAAUCUACAAGAUAACAAAGAAGAUGAUGAAACGGAGCAGAACAGUGAUGCAGCAGAAGGUUGUACAGACAAAAUAAACAAUAUAUUUAUAAAUACAGAUGCAGCCAGACAGUUCCUAAGUAGACAGUUAUCUUGGGUGUCAGCAGGAGAGGACUAUUUAGUAGAGUACACAGAAAAACCAACCAGAAUCAUCAAAGAAAAUGUAUCUAAUCUAACAAAUUUUGUUUAUGAAGGAGUCAAAACAGUUGGAGAUAAAGUUGCAACACUUUCCAGACAUGUUAGUGGUAGUAGUGAUAACAAUGAAAUAGUUGAAAUGCAAAUGAAGAAUCAGAAUGAUGAAUUAAACUCCCUGCUGUACAGUUGUACUUCCAACUGCAACUUAGAAGAUCUCCAAUUUUCCACUAGCACUAUAAGUAGUGAAAAAGAGUUUGAGGCAGCUAGAAAGACAGAGAAUCUUAAAAAUAUGUCUAAACUUGGAAAGAACAUAUUGGCAACAGAAUUAUGGACUUGGGGUGACAUAUCAUAUGGACAAAUAGGUAUAGGUGAUACAGUAAAAAGAAUCAAACCAAUGGCAGUGAUGAGCUUGUCUGGGUUUGGGUUACAGAAAGUCUCAUGUGGGAAAUGGCAUUGCUCGGCUCUCACUCUGGAUGGUAGACUGUUCAUGUGGGGCUAUAACCACUACCACCAAGUUAGUUUUGAUUCUAGAGAAGACAAGAGUGGUCCGAAACAGUUCACAGAAAAUUCUGACAGUGACAGAGUCAGAGACAUGAUAGCUACUGACCACCACACCCUAGCAUAUACUCACAAUGAAAAUAUAUUUUAUAUGGGCAAGCAUACAGAAGGAUUUACAGAGACAAUAGUAAAUUUAAAUGAUAAGGUAGAUGAGGGAGACAGUGAGACUAGUGACACUGUGUCUGUCAAAUUUAAUGAGCCCCUAACUUACCCUACUAAGCCACAGAAUAUGUGUUACCAUUGGAGAAUAUUAUCCUCAGGUAGCAUCAGCUACUGCUCAGUAGAAGAGUCGGCUAAAAGCCCUGAAUUCCAAGAUUUGUCUAUUGCUCAAAGGUAUCUUGAAGAAAUGUUGUUAAUAUAUCAUAACCUUGUUAAACCUUUCCUAAAGAAAAGUAAGUCUAUAUCAGUACAUUCCAAUAUUUAUGAAACUGUUUGUGAUAUUUUUGGUGACAUAUUAAACAUAACUGCUCUGAACGUGCUCUCUAUGUGGCAGUACGCCGAGAAGCACAUAAACGAAUGUGAUAUUUCUUUAGUAAAAAAUUUAGAAGAAUUUAUUUAUUUGUACAGAAAGUAUUACGUAGCUAUAAGCAACUUGAUUGUUAUUGGUGGAUUCACGCAAAUUAACAGUGUUGUCGAUGUUCCGACGAAUAUAUAUAAUUUGUUUAGCGAUCAACUUCCAUCUAAUAAACAGAAAAAUAAUAAAAAGACGUCUGAAGCCAUAGUGGCACUCGCUUUCGUACAGCCCCUAACAAGAUUGAGUUCAUACAAAUGCAUAGCUCAAUCAAUUUUGCGGUACAAAAGUAAAAGGAAAAAAGGCGACGCCAAACCGAGCAUUGACGAACGAUUAAACAAAGUUAUAUGUUCGUUAGACUCGUUAAUAGAUGAGCAGGAAAAGAAAAGGAAAGAAGCUGACUUGACGAAGUUGUUUUGGGAGACGAUAGGAAAGUCUUUAGAACAGCACAGGACGCCUGAGCGUCGACUGAUAAGGGAAUCGAAGUCGCGGCCACUGAAUCUCGUGAAUCCGGGAAGGUUUACCUCUCAUUGGUUCGUGUUAUUUAACGAUCUUUUUGUCCACGUCAAUGGCAGCACGCCAAUUGUUCAUCCCCUAGAGACGUUAUGGGUGGAGCCGGUGCCAAACACCGAUUCAUUGUUAAAUGUCAUACAAGUAACAACUCCAGAAGAAGUAAUAUCAGUCUCGACAAACACGGAACAAGAAAAAACUGAAUGGAUACAUUCAUUGAACUCUGCUAUAAGGGUAUCGCUAAAUAAAGACUCGACAUUCAAACCACCCUCGAUAAGAACGGCAAGUUAUACCUUUUCCAGUAAGAGUGCGUUUUAUAAAGAAGCUAAAUACAGUGGUCGAUGGUUGGAUGGUAAAAUACACGGCAGCGGUAGAGUGGAAUGGCCCGACGGUAAAUAUUACGUGGGACAACUUCAACUGAACGCGUUAUGCGGCCAUGGAAAGAUGGAAAUGCCGGGUGUAGGAAUAUACGAAGGACAGUGGAAGGAUAAUUUACAAAAUGGAUACGGCAUUAUGAAAUACACAUCAGGGGAUAUCUACGAGGGCUAUUUCAAAGAUGGCCAACCCCACGGACACGGGAUUAAGAAACAGGGGGAUUUUACCUCAUCCUCCGCAACUAUUUACACCGGGGAAUGGAUAAACGGUGUUAAACAAGGAUAUGGUGUGAUGGACGAUAUCGGGAAAGGAGAGAAAUAUUUAGGCAACUGGAGUGAUAACAAAAAGCAUGGAUGCGGCUUAAUUGUUACGUUGGAUGGGAUUUACUACGAGGGUCUGUUUAUGCAAGACGUUUUGACUGGCCACGGCGUUAUGGUAUUUGAAGACGGAACGCAUUACGAAGGCGAGUUUCGAUCAGCCGGUGUGUUCUCAGGGAAGGGGGUCCUUACUUUCUCCAGUGGGGACAAAAUAGAGGGGUCCCUCAGCGGUGCUUGGACUGAGGGAGUAAAAAUAUCCAACGCGACGAUGCAACUCAACGUUUCGAAUCCAGUGCUUCCUAAUAAUUCUAGACCCAAUUCCUUCGGUAAAUUAAGUGUUGCGCCAAAUCAAAAAUGGAACGCGCUGUUCCGCCAAUGCUUCCAAUGCUUAGGGGUUUCUGAACAAGUCCUAACCCCCACUGGCAAUCACUUCGCAAACGGACCUUCCGGACCGACAAUAGACAACGUUAAAAUAUGGCAGAAUGUCGCAGUUGCUAUCUCCUGUUCACACAAAGAAAGAAAUAAAGUAUUGAUGAAGCAAAGCAAGAAUAGUGAUUUGGAGAAGUCUGUAGAUUGUUUGGAAGUGAUUCCGCAGUUUGGACAGAAAUCGUUGACGUUAGAGAGCUAUGCGGAAGUGAAGCAGUAUUUGCAUAAUGCAUGUGAAUCUACGCACCAUCCUCUCGGGCAGUUAGUUCUAGGACUGACAAAUGCUUUCAACACGACGUACGGAGGCGUCAGAGUUCAUCCGUUACUACUAAGCCAUGCUGUGAAAGAGUUGAAGAGUAUCACCUCGCGACUGUACCAAGUCGUACGUUUGUUGUUCCCAGCUCUGCCGCCAGAGGGCACUGAUUCGAUGUUGCCAUACAAAAAAAGCGAUGAGAACGGCGAUGAAACUGAAAAUGAUAAUAAUCUUAUUGACGGUGAAAUAGUGUCGGCGGCAUCACUUCUCCAACCGACAUUAUUACCGCGUGUCCAUCCAGCUUUGUUCGUGUUAUACGCUCUACAUAACAAAAGAGAAGACGAUUUAUACUGGAGGCGGCUUCUUAAAUGGAACCGGCAGCCUGACGUCACGCUGAUGGCUUUUCUGGGAAUCGAUCAGAAAUUCUGGGUCGGCUACAGCGGCCCGAACAGCCAGAUGUCGCCGUCCUACUCGCCCAUGAAGGAGCAGCUCUUCAACGAGGCGGUGGAGACGCUGCAGCAGCUCAAGACCACCUUCUCACCCAUAGAGAAACUGCUCGUCAUACGCAGCACGUUCCAGAAAAUGACCACGGCCGUGCAGCAAGAAUUAGGUCAAAACUACCUGUGGAGUAUGGACGAGUUGUUCCCGGUGUUCCACUUCGUGGUGGUCCGCGCCAGGAUCCUGCAGCUCGGCUCCGAGAUACACUUCGUGGAGGACUUCCUCGAGCCCGGCAUGCAGCACGGGGAACUCGGACUCAUGUUCACCACUCUCAAGGCCUGCUACUUCCAAAUACUUCAAGAGAAAAUGUCCAUCAACUCCUAGAUUCAUUUAAAAACGAAUCGGAAAAUAACAAUAAAAUUGAUCUCGCAAUAUGUUUAUGGUGCGCAUAGUAUUUGUAUUUCAAUAAAGCUUUAGCAAUAAUUUGCUUUAAUACGUGUGUAGAUCGAAUGUUAUGGAAAAGAUAUAUUGAACUGUCGACUUUCAGAUCUUUUUGUUGAUAUCUAUCGAAUAAUAUCGAAUUGUAAUCGAUACAUAUUCGAAAUCGAUAACGAUGUUCAUAUUGUAAUGUCCUGUAAUCGAUUUUUUGUAAUAUUCCGCAAGGAAUCGUAUUAGUUUUACGUAUACGCUUGGGAGCUGUUGUAAGCCCCAUUACGCUUUGAUUUUUGUAAUCUGUAGAAUUAUUUUAUUUACGAAAUGUAUCGGAUUUUUUUUCUGUGUGUGUAGUUGGAAAGAGACGACUCUAUGUCAUAAAUUAUAGUCUCUUCUUUAUAGUGUGUUGACAUAUGUUGCAGCUUGAACAAUAGUCUGCUUUCUUUGACCUGAUAACGAUUUAGAAUACGUUCAUGUCCAAAUAUUUGUAAAAAAAACUAUAAAUGUGACUGCAACAAAAAAUGCCUCAAACAUCAUCUGAAGUAAACGCUUUUACUAGCCCACUACUGGAUUAAGCCUUCACUUCCUCAAUAUAAUGAGGUUUGAUCCAUGAGCCUCCACGCGAAUCCAAUUGUCAGGUCUAAAGCCAUCCGUUAGGGAAGAUUAAUUUUGAUCCUUAAGACAUUGAAACCCUUUUACAGCUGGUUAAUUGAAUAUAUAUACGCUUUUUAUCGUUAAAUGCUAGAGAUUUGAAACUAUGUUAUAGCCUGGAUGUAUAAGUCGCUAUUGUAAUAUAGGUCGAUUAUCUAAAACUGGCGUGUACAACACACUCACACAUGUGUAGUCUCUAAAUAAACAUACGUCAGGGCCCAUAUUCUGUAUGGUAGUGUAAACGCGUAACGCGGCCGUGUUAUGGUAUCUUCGUGAAAUGUGCGUGGAAUGGUAUUCUGUAAGCCAAAUUUCUAUAGUCCUAAACAUGAUGCGUUAUGUUACGUGCUUGUUACGCAGUGUUAAAAUAACGUGCGCGAUAGAUUAUAAGGCCCCAGUAGUGACAACGCUCACUCAUCAACAAAGUUAAAAGAUAUAGCAUGUUUUGUUUGCAUCUAUUACCUUCAAUUAUAUUUUUUAACUGUCUCGGUGGCGUAGUUGUAAUUGUAAACGGCACAAGACGUCUACCGCGCUGAGAUCCUGGCUUCGAAUUCCGGUUCGGGCCAAAAUAAUUUUGACUGGGUUUUCCAUCUUAAAAAUUACUCAGUCGCAGCUCGGAGUCAGGAAGUUGGCGGUGUAAUAACCCCGUGCCUUAGAAGGCACGUAAAGCCGUUGGUUAAAAGCUCCUGCGCCUGAUCUCUCUUCAGUCAUGUCAGAUUGCCGUCUCACUAGACUAUGACACUACUAGUGAAGGAACAGAGAGUGCACCUGUGUAUUACGCACACACUUGUGCACUAUAACAUCUCCUGUAUACUCGAAAUUGGGUCUCUGCAUGGUCGAAAUUGGGUUAAGAAGUAAUCAUUCAUAUUAUUAACAUACUGUGUAAAAUUGUAUUAGUAUGACUGCGAAGUGAGAUUGUGUACGCCAGCUCUAGUAAAUCUAUCUAUAUGUAUAAUUUAUUAUUAUAAUCGUGUUCUGGCUAGUUAUGUUUAAAAGUGCCAAUAUAUUUAUUCGUACGCUUAAUGUUUGAUGUAGAUGUUUUGUCGUGUAAAGAAAGUUUUAACUAGAUGGUUAUUGUACGCGAGUAAUGUUGCUAGUAGUUGGAAAUGCGAUAAUGUUUUAACAGAAAUAAUGCUGGUAACAAAAGUACACGACGCUGGCUCACUAUUACAAAAAACUAUGUUAUAUUUUAUGUACAAAUUAAAUUAUAUAUCAUGAUUCUUUUUCAGUUAAAAUUUCCGAUACUCCUGAAAGAUAAAUAAAGGGGAAGCCAUAAAUUAUUGCCUUUUGUAAUUUUUACUAACAUGAUUUUUUUCAUAUCACAUGAUUCUAAGUCUUUUUCAGUGGAAAUUUCCGAUAGUUCUGAAAGAUAAGAAAAGGGGAAGCCAUAAAUUAUUGUUUUUUUCUAAUUAAUAAUAUUUUUUUUAUCCCAUUUUUGCAAGAUAAUUAAAAAUUAACAUAGGAUGUAAUAGUGAACCAGCGAUAUAUGUGUAGAUAUACCGUGAGCUAAGGUUCUGGAUUCGAUUCCCACGCGGGAAAAAAAGUGUCAAAUAGUGACACAGAAAUAUUUUUAAGUACUUGCCUACUUUUCUCCUCUUUGCCUUAAAAGAGAGAAUAUUCAAUAAUGCCACUGUAUGUCUAUGCAUUUAUAUCUCUAUGGGGCCGUUUUUACAACAUGAUUUUCUCAUUAAUAUAAACCUUUCAACAACCAACCCACCUUAAAUAUUAUGCCGCCUUAAGCCCAAAAUAUAACUUAUGUCCUCAUAUUUAUAUAGAAAAGCGAUUAAUUUAAGCCUCUUAUAAUCACCUUGGAAAUUUCCAUUCAUAAAACGAUUUAAGGCUUCCCGUCAUAACCUCAUGCCGCCUUAAUUCCUACAUAAAAGGAUUUUAAAUAAAUUACGGCCCUAUAUUAACUAAGCUUUGAAAAUUAUAAAAGACGUGUUUUCUUAAUGCUUUAAUUAGUUCUUAAUAUCUGUUUGUUAUUUAUUGAAGUUUACGUUCAUUUGUAUAUAUUCCAUUAAAAUUGUCUUUUAUUUUAUUUAUUAGGGUUUUUUAUGAAGCAGUAAUUGGAGUUUAGUACCACCAAAAUAUCGUAUACUCACUGUGAAUCUGUUGUAUAGAAACUGAAUCACAUUUUUCUUUCGCUAGUGAUGAAAUAAUUAAUUUCAAUUCUGCCUACCCUCUAGGGAUAGACAUUAUAUUUUUUAUUAGAAUAGGUUUACUUAUUUAUUUUUAGUCCGUACACAAUACUAUAUUUGUGAUGUUUUUGAAUGCAAAGCUAAAUACUAGUCCGUUAUGUUCAACUUCCAAAAUCAAUGCAUAAAAUCAUAUAAUAACCAUGUCAUUUAUAUUAUAUGCCAGUGGCGAAGGGUGAAAUUUUCCAAAAGGGAAGCCGACAUAUACAUAAAUACUAAUAUACAUGAAUGCGGUCUGUAAAUCGUUCUAAUAAUAAUUCGAUUUAUCAUAUUUAAAAAGGGAAGCCGGUAGGAAUCGGGUUAUAAGGACCCUUCGCCACUGUCAUAUGCCAUUAAUAGGUUACUUUCAUAGCUUAUAAUAAUACAAAUCCAAAGGUCUGUUAGUACAAAACAAUGUGUAAUUGUUGUAGUGAUAGAAAGAAAUUAUAAAAAAAGAUAUAUUUUUUUAUACUUUUGUGUUGCCAAAUUUGUUUUUGUAGAACAUUUUGAAGCUAGAUUAGUUUUUUUAGUUAACAAUACAGAAAUGUUACGUAGAAAUAGCAUGAGAUUGUUAAAUGGAUUGUUAAUUGAAAUCAAUUAGUGAGUACCAUAUCAUUAAUGUUACGUAAGUACGUUAUAUAUUUGUAUCUCUUGUCUAUGUGUACUUCAAGUGUGUUUAAAUCUUUCAAAAUAUAUCGAUAUAUUUAAUAAAGUUCGCAGAAAACA